GCUCCAUCUUGAGUAAACAGCAGCAAGAGAAAACCUCAGUUCUAAUAAAGGAAGACGAGGACAGAACGUCUGCAGGAUCCAGCUGUCUGUGAUGGCGGACCCAUCCAGACCUCCAGACUUGAGGACUGGACCAGACCCAUCAGACACAAAAGGUCAGAACCACAGAUGGAGAACAGAAACUCCAGAACUGGACUGUGUGUCUAUGAAGAGUGACUGGUCCAUGCCAAAUCCUCCAGACUUCAGUGCUGGACCUGGACCUUCAGACUCACAGAGGAAGAGGAGUGGUGUCUGUGAGGAAGAGCAGCUGUCCUGCUGUCCUUUGUGUCAGGACGUCCUGAAGGAUCCAGUCUCUACCGGCUGUGGACACUGGUUCUGCAGAUGCUGCAUCAGCUCAUACUGGGACCAGUCUGCUUCAUCAGGAGGCUCCUCCUGUCCCCAGUGUGGGAACAGACCCAGAACCAGAACUGGACUGCAGACAGCUGGUCAGAGCAGAACUGUAGCAGCAGAUGUUGGUCUGCAGGAGGUUUUAGAACAUAAAAUCAGUCUGAGGAGGAGAUGUGAACAUGUGACUGAAGGAACUGAUGGAACAGGAAGUAGAACCCUCCUCAACAGGACCUACACUGAGCUCUUCAUCACAGAGGGACAGAGUGAAGAAGUUAAUACCCAACAUGAGGUGAGGCAGCUGGAGACCGCUUCCAAGAUCAACACCCUCCAUGGCACUCCAAUCAGGUGCCACGACAUCUUUAAAACCUUACCUGACCAACAUGAACCAAUCAGAGUGGUUCUGACCAACGGCGUCUCUGGUGUUGGAAAAACCUUCUCAGUGCAGAAGUUCACUCUGGACUGGGCAGAGGGUUUGGAGAACCAAGAUGUCAGUGUGGUGGUUCUGCUUUCAUUCAGGGAGCUGAACUUGAUCAGAGAUGAUCAGUACAGUCUUCUCCAGCUGCUCCAUGUUUUCCAUCCAACAUUACAGAAGAUCCCAGCAGAGCAGCUGGCUGUCUGGAAACUUCUCUUCAUCUUUGAUGGUCUGGAUGAAAGCAGACUUUCUCUGGACUUCAACAACACUGAGGUUGUUUCUGAUGUCACACAGAAGUCUUCAGUCAACGUGCUGCUGACAAACCUCAUCAAGGGGAAUCUGCUGCCCUCGGCUCUCAUCUGGAUCACUUCCAGACCUGCAGCAGCCAAUCAGAUCCCUCCUACAUGUGUUGACAGGGUAACAGAAGUACGAGGCUUCACUGAUGUCCAGAAGGAGGAGUACUUCAGGAGGAGAUUCAGUGAUGAAGAGAUGUCCAGUAGAAUCAUCUCCCACAUGAAGACAUCCAGGAGCCUCCACAUCAUGUGUGGAAUCCCAGUCUUCUGCUGGAUCACUGCUACAGUUCUGGAGCACAUGUUGACCACAGAGCAGAGAGGAGAGCUGCCCAAGACCAUGACGGACAUGUACUCACACUUCCUGAUGGUCCAGACAAAGAGGAAGAAGAACAAGUACCAUGAGGGACAUGAGACGAGUCCACAGGAGCUGAUGGAGGCUGACAGGGAAGUUCUUCUGAAGCUGGGGAGGCUGGCGUUUGAACAUCUGGAGAAAGGAAACAUCAUGUUCUACCAAGAAGACCUGGAGCAGUGUGGUCUGGAUGUCACAGAGGCCUCGGUGUUCUCAGGAGUUUGUACUGAGAUCUUCAGAAGAGAGUGUGUGAUCUUCCAGAAACCAGUUUACUGCUUCGUUCAUCUGAGUGUUCAGGAGUUUCUGGCUGCAGUCUACAUGAUGCACAGUUACAUCAACAGGAACACAGAGGUGCUGAAGAAAUUCCCGGGGAGAGACUGGGAUGAUGAUGAUGGCGAAAAUGAUAAUGAUUAUAAUGAUGAUGAUAAUAAUGGUGAUGAUGAUGAUGAUUACAGUGAUGAUGGGGAUGGCGAUAAUGAUUAUAAUGAUGAAGAUGACACUAGUGUGAUCGAAGAAUCCUUUAAAAGUAAAAAUGGCCACCUGGACCUGUUCACUCGCUUCCUUCAUGGCCUCUCUCUGCAGUCCAACCAGAGACUCUUAGCAGGCCUGUUGGGUCAGACAGAGAACAGUCCAGAAACCAUCCAGAGAGCCAUAGAUAACCUGAAGAACAUGAACACUGGUAACAUCAGUCCUGACAGAAGCAUCAACAUCUUCCACUGUCUGAUGGAGAUGAACGACCUCUCAGUUUAUCAGGAGAUUCAAGAGUUCCUGAGGUCAGAGAACAGAUCAGAGAAGAAGCUCUCAGAUAUCCAGUGUUCAGCUCUGGCCUACAUGCUGCAGAUGUCAGAGGAGGUUCUGGAUGAGUUGGACCUGAUGAAGUACAACACUACAGAUGGAGGACGACGGAGACUGAUCCCAGCUGUGAGGAACUGCAGGAAGUUUCGACUUGAGUUUUGCCAACUCCUUGAGGCUGACUGUGAAGUUAUCGCCUCAGCUCUGAAGUCCAACCCCUCCCAUCUGACAGAGGCAGACCUCAGUAACAUCAGGCUGGAAGAUUCAGGAGUUAAGAAGCUGUGUGAUGGACUGGAGAGUCCAAACUGUCGACUGGAGACUCUGAGGGAUAAAGCUGUGGAGACAGAGGACGAGUUUGGUUCCGUCAUGAAGGGAGGGGAGGUGGGCGCUGAGGCUGUGAUGAUUGUGUCAGAGCUCGCUGGAGAAUUGGUGGGGGAGGAUGAAGUGGAAUAG